AUGCAGAAGUAUAAAAGUCAGUGGGAAAUCGAACAUGGUGAUUGGUUAAUUAAUGAUCCACAAAACGAAUAUAAUGGAAAAUGCAAAUUGUGUGGAAUUACAUUUACAAUUGCUUCAGCAGGUAUAGGACAAGUUAAACAACACCUGCAAACAAAACAACACAAAUCAAAAUAUGAAACUAGGAGAACAUCUGGACUACUUGAGAAAUUCCUUGACUCUUCUUCUGCUUCCACAUCGUCUAGAUGCAGUGAUAAAGAAAAUGUUGUUGCAUCUGAGUUAGCCCUGACAUAUCACACAGUAAAACAUAAUUUGUCUUACAAUAGCAUGGAUUGUACUAUAAAAUUGAAUAAAAUUAUUUAUGCCAAUUCACCUACAGCUAAUGCAAUUCAUCUAGCUAGAACAAAAAUGGAAGCACUAGUUACAGAAGUGUUGGGCCCAUAUUCUUUACAAAAUAUAAUAGAUGCUGUUAAUACAGAUAAUUUGUUUUACUGUUUACAAACAGAUGCUUCUAACAAGAAAAAUAUAAAACUCUUUCCAUUAGUGAUACAAUAUUUUACAGCCAAAAAUGGCAUUGAAAACAAAUUAAUAGAUUUUUAUGAAAAUAGUAAUGAAUCUGCUGAUGGUAUGUUUGAAGCAAUUCAAAAGUCAUUAGAGCAGUACAAAUUAUCUUUUCAUAAUGUAUCUGGGUUAAGUGCAGAUAAUACAAAUGCAAAUUUUGGUGUUAAUCAUUCUUUAUUCACCAAUAUGAAUAAUUUGGUACCAGGUUUGAUUAAAGGAAAUUGUCACGCACAUAUAGUGCAUAAUUGCGUCAGACAUGCCAUGAGCUUUUUAUCACAUGACAUAGAAAAUGUUAUUUUAAAAAUUUAUGCUCAUUUUUCACAUUCUGCUGUAAGAAGAGAGGAGCUAAAAAAAUUUGUAGCAUCAGUAGAUGGAGACUUUCACGAAAUCAAAUGCCAUGUGGGAACAAGAUGGCUCUCUCUUUUGCCAUGUAUUGAUACUUUAUUAUUAAAUUGGUCACCUAUAAGAAGCUACUUUUUAAGUUUAGACUACUGUCCAAUGGUUUUACAAAAUUUAUUGAUGCUCAAUGAAACUGAGAAUGAUGUGAUUGAAAUUUAUUUGCAUUUUUGUAGUCACUUAUUAAAUUUAUUUAAUAAAGCUGUUAAAUGUCUAGAAGGCAACAGCAUAACAAUUUUAGAACAUUUAUGGGAUUAUGGAUAA